AUGACCAUCACCACGGAGAUGACGCCGGAGUCGAUUCCCGGCACGGUCCACUUGGUCGACUUGGACCAUACGAUGCGGACACGGCAUGCAGACGCUGGUCUCGGUGAUAUUGUGCUCGUGCCUACGCCCUCGAACGACCCCAACGAUCCCCUGAACUGGUCACCUCGACGGAAGAUGCUUUCAAGUAUCUGCUCGAACACUUAUACAUGGUUCUCAGGAAUGGCUGUCUCAACUGUCUACAGCGUGCUCGUCCCUCUCUCGCAGGCGAGUGGAGUCUCUGUUUCGGCCUUGAAUCAGGGAACUGGCUACAUGUUCCUGUUCUUGGGCUGGGGGUUGCUUUUCUGGCAACCAUUCGCUCUGCGCUACGGGAAGCGCUUAGCAUAUCUGAUCUCUGUUCUUGGAUCACUUGGUACUGUUAUCUGGAGCGCCUAUGUUACAAGCAAUGGUGAAUGGAUUGCCAAAUGCAUCGUUCAAGGUUUCUUCAAUGCCCCAAUCGAGGCUCUUCCCGAAGUCUCCGUCACCGAUGUGUAUUUUACGCACCAGCGCGGCACCUACAUGGGCAUCUACGCUUUCACGCUCGCCGGCAGCAACUACUUCACUCCCGUGCUGUGCGGUUUUAUUGCUGAUGGCCAGGGAUGGCGCUGGGUCUUCUAUUGGCCUGCGAUCUUCCUCGCCUUUGUCUUUGUCUUCCUCUUCUUCUUCAUGGAAGAAACCAAUUACAGCAGGAAGACCGUUGGUCUGGUCGCAGAAAUCGAGACGCCCCCGUCGGAGCCUGCAAUGGAGAAAGACUCGGAGAAGAACCCGGCUGCCGUGCUUUCGACCCCUGCGACAGCGUACGCACCUCCAAAAACCUUCGUCCAAAAGCUGUCAAUCUGGAAACCUGAGCCCGGCCAGCCGAUGGUCCAGCGCGCGAUCCGCAGCUUGAAAUACCUAGCGUGGCCCGUCAUCUUCUAUUCUGGCUUCUCCUACGGGUCUUAUCUGAUCUGGUUCAAUGUCUUGAAUGCCACGGCGUCAAUUAUCCUCGGUGGACCCCCUUACAACUUCUCGCCGUCAAUGGUCGGCCUGUCGUAUCUUUCCUGCACUCUCGGCGUGAUUCUAGGUUGUCUUAUUUCCGGCCGACUGAGCGACUGGCUGACCAUCAAGCUUGCCCGGCGCAACAAGGGGAUCAUGGAAGCCGAGCACCGUCUAUGGCCAUUCUUGCUCUGCGUCAUUUUCGUUCCGGGUUCGCUCAUCCUUUGGGGAGUGGGGGCAGCUCACGGCGUUCACUGGUUCGGCCUCAUCUUCGCAAUGGGCACGUUGGCCUUUGCCACGACGUUCGGCGUCACCCUCAGCAUCAACUAUAUGAUUGAUAGCUACCACGAGAUUUCGGGCGAUGCGAUGACCACCGUCAUUCUCGUCCGGAACACCAUGUCGUUUGCAAUCAGCUAUGGCAUUACCCCCUGGUUGACGGACCUUGGCUACCAGAACUGCUUCAUCUCUGCAGCGUUUGUCGGCAUGGCGGCCUCGUCCGUCUUCUUCGUAAUGAUCAUGUUUGGCAAGAGGUUCCGCGUUGGGAGUGCCGCGAAGUACUGGAGAUUGGUCGCUGCGGACAAGGCAAAGUAUGGUGAGCACUGA